AUGCGGUCAAUUCUUCUGUGCUCUUGGCUGUCUUGGGCAUUGGUGGUUGUGGCGCAAUUUCAAAGCUUCUCUCCCCUGGGACCAAAUGGACUUACUUAUAGUAUCCAUAUCCCCGAAGCCACUGCCAGUUCUGGCACAGGGCCCAUCUAUUUUCAGAUGAAUUCAACUCGCCGUAUAGAAUGGUUUGCCCUGGGCCAGGGAGACCGGAUGGCCGGAUCCAACAUGUUCGUGGUGUAUACCUCUGGCAAUAACGUGACUGUUUCCCCACGAUCCGGUGUGGGACAUAUCCAACCACUGUAUAACCCGGCGGCCCAGAUUACAGUCAUGAAUGGAAGUGGAGUCCAUGGUUCAAUGAUCACAGCCAAUAUCAAGUGCGACACAUGUAUCCAUUGGGGUGUCGCGAGCAUGAGUCCCAAUAGCUCGAGUAGUUCAUGGAUCUGGGGAGUUCGUUACGGAGCUCCAAUCAAUUCACGGAGUCUUUCAGCGAAUCUCUUGGAGCACGAUGUGAUGGGGAUUCAAAAUGUCAAUCUGAAAAAUGCAACGGGGCAAACAAGUGACAACCCUUUUGACGACAUUAUCAGCACAAGCAUGAAUGCCAAUGCAGACUAUCCUUUCCCCACGUCCGAAUUCCGGGCUAAAAAGAUUGCUCACGCAGUGCUGAUGAUAUUCGCAUUUGUUGUCCUGUUCCCCAUGGCUGCAUUAGUCCUCCCUCUCUCUUCAUCAUCGAAUGCACUCUAUAUUCAUGGAGGGCUGCAACUUUGUGCGCUUGCGAUUUCCAUCACCGGUCUCGCCCUGGGCGUCUCCAUGGGUCGGCAGAUGCAUAAUUUGAUUCAUUAUCAUAUGAUCAUUGGGAUCGUGGUCAUCAGCACCUUGGUUCUUUUCCAGCCGGCCAUGGGUUUGCUACAGCAUCGAUUCUUCCGUAAGACAGGCGGCAAGGGACCCUUUGCUUAUAUGCACCGUUGGUUUGGGCGGAUCAUGAUUAUGCUGGGGGUGGUCAAUGUGGGGCUUGGAUUCAAGUUCACAGGGGUUGGAGACCCUGAUGCGCCUCGAGGAGCUGUAAUUGCUGUUUCAGUGAUGAUUGGUGUGAUUGCAGUAGUUUAUAUUCUCUCGGUGGGAUUCAUGCCAUUGCAUACUGUCGCAUUAGGAGCAGCCUUGACUCCAACUGUUAUUCAGACUCUAAUUGCUCAUUACCUGCACCGAAAGUCCCACCACAACAAGCCUACUGUCCAUAUUACAUAUGAUGAAGGUAUUCAGGUAAUUCGGCAAUUCAUAUACUACGCGUCCAAGCACCCUGUAGAGGACAUUCAAGCCUUUACUCGUCAGGCUGUCCCAAGCCCACAUUGGGUAAGAACCGAGUCAAUUACCAUUCCCGAGAACCUUGUAUCGAUCGCAGGGGAUAUACUUUGCAAGCAAUUGGGUCCUAAGGGUAUCGUACGAGUAGGAGGCAAGAAAUGGUGGCAAUGGCGUGGCCCAUCAGAGGAGCUUAAGGGGGAGUGGAUUGAGAUGCGCAGCCAUUAUAACGCCAACAAGAAGAUCAAAAGCCGGUGUAGCAAAAUAAUGCUCUAUGUGCAUGGGGGCGCAUACUUUUUUGGGAGCGUUGACACCCAUCGCUACAUGCUGCAGCGUCACGCGCGCAAGCUGAAAGGUCGUGUUUUCGCUCCGCAUUAUCGUCUUGCGCCUCAAUACCCCUUCCCCUGCGGUCUACAGGAUUGCAUGGCAUCCUACCUUUGGCUCUUGGAAACCUAUGACCCAAAGGAGAUCAUUCUUGCAGGAGACUCUGCAGGAGGUGGAAUGGUAUUGUCUAUGUUGGUCAUGAUGAGGGAUCAAGAGAUUGCUCUACCAGCAGGAGCAAUCCUUAUCUCACCAUGGGUAGACUUGACGCACUCAUUUCCAAGUAUCGUCGAGGAUAACCCUGGCGAUUAUAUUCCUCCUGCUGGGUUCAGAUAUAAACCCUCGACUGCAUGGCCGCCGCCAAAUGCAGAUGAGCUUCUGAAGAUCAAGGAGCUCUCUCACAAGAAAACAGUGACGGUCAAGGACGUUGAAGAAACUGUACCAGCCCCCAACAGCAAGUCUGAAGAGACUGCGGUUCGUGGAUACACGCUACAUGAACAAGUGGCGCCUGGUGCAGGGCCAGCGUAUCCUGGCCAGCAAGAGAAUUGCGAUCCUCAGACCAUACAGGGAGAGCCUGAUAACAUCCACGUAAUCAUGGAAGGAAAAACAGUUGAGAUCAAGGACCAAAUUCAAAUGUAUACCACCAAUCAAUUGAUAUCACAUCCACUGGUAUCCCCCGUCCUUCAGCCUUCCCUUGGUGGACUUCCACCGCUUCAGAUCUUGACUGGUGGCGGUGAAAUGCUGCGUGAUGAGCAAUUCUACAUUGCUCACAAGGCUGCAAACCCCACUGCUUACCCACCGAGCGAUGUGUAUCUUGAUGAACACGAUCCAGAUAGGGAAAUCCUGAACAAGUAUGAACCUACUUAUGUGCAGUUUCAAAUUUGGGACAACCUCUGCCAUGUGGCACCCACGUUGAGCUUUACCAGGCCGGCUAAGUACAUGUUCCGGGCAAUCUCUCAGUUUGGAUCUUGGGCACUUGCCCGCGCACAGGACACCGAAGUCGAGAUCGUGGACGAAGAACUCCUCUCGCCAAUCUCUUCUAGUGCCAGUGAUAGUAGUUCGGGAGGAGCUAUUCCACAUCCAGGCAAACAAAGGACUGAUACCGGUAUGUCUUUUGUCGGAAGGGCGGGUGACCCUCUGCCAUCAUUUCACCAACAUAUGAUUCGUGAACGAGUUGAUAAGCGCGGACGAACCUAUCCUCUUGAUCCCCCAUCAUCUUACCCUGUUCUCGAUAUUCCCCCAGAACAAGUCGGGGCAGUAAAUCCAGUACUCAUUCGCAAAUGGCUGGACUCAAAGCAUGAGUGGGACGUGAAAUUCGGGAAAGAAAAGCUAAAGGUCCAAAACCGCCGUAUCAGAGAAAUGUCCCAUGGCUUCCAGGACUUCGAAGGUGAAUAUCCUUCACCAAGUUCCUUGGCUGCUCGUCGUGCAGCUCCAGGGGUUCUUCCCAAGCGUCACGCUAAGAAGAACUACGGCUUAAUGCUUUGGAGUGGGUGGGGUAGCAAGCAUGACGAACGAACCAUGGAGCGUGAAAAUGAGGCUUCGAAAUCCGGUCGUCCCUCAACUCGUACUAGUAUCGAUGCCGGGCAAGCAGGCCAAUGGUCUAGUCAGCCUGCGAAGAAGUCUCAUCGAAGUUCAUCGAAAAGAAAGUCCGCUGCUGUGAAGUCUACAUCAAACGGUAACCCAGGUCUAACAUGGGAUGCUGCAAGUGAAAAGAAGCCAACAAGCGGAGACCGAUCAUCUGCAGACCCCGAUUCCUCAUCCGUACGUGCUGUGUCGGAAAAGAAUAUGGGUCCAAUUUUGAUACUCCCCGGCGUGGAUAACCGUAAAUUCACGGAAGAAAAUGCCAGCACAAGGGCAUUAUUUCAUGCAGCAGGCACACUUCCCAUGACUUCUGAUGCUUCUCUCCCUUAUCUUCGAGGUCGACCAUCAUCAAUUGGAGGCUCUGUGGCGGGCCGAAGUGAGUUCAUGUCUGAUGCUGGGGAGGACGCAAGUACCCUCGGUGGGGGCGAAGCAGUUGCCGGUGUUCCAUACGAUGCCGCAAGUACCCGGGCUGUGCUCUCUGCCAAAGGAGUGAUUCGACCAUUGAACAAUGGGGAUAGCGGCCGACUAUCGGUUGAUACUUCAUCUGCGCGUCUGGCUCAAAAGGAUGUGGGUGAAAAUACUGGACCCGCUGCUUCCAGGCCAGAAAUGCCCGACAGAGAAGAAUUCAAGACUGCCAAUGAGACGCUGUAA